UCUCUUUCGAAAGACGUGUCAGUCACAAGCUUCUUUUUGUCAAAAAGACCAUCGAUGCCAGUGGUGGCAUUACUUCGAUACAGGAACAUCCUUGGAUCCUAUUGUACACCUCAAGUCUUAUUUUUAAUUGAACGAAAAGCAGAGCAAUGGUAGCCAACGCACUCCAAGAUCGCCGAGGCGUCGAUUUUGCCCGAAAUGUGGCCAUUGUGGCCGGUGUGGUGGCGAUCAUUUGCCUUGUUUUGGGAGCCCCCUUGGCCGCCUUGAUAUUGAUGGUGGUUGGUUUCAGUGCGGGAAUGACUUGGGAAGUAAUCACGCGGCCUCCUCCGAACAAUCCGGCUCAUUUUCUGAAGCGAUUUCGAGAGCUCUCGCCGCCACGACCCGUGUUGGUCUGCCUUGGAGAUUCGCUGACCCAUGGUCGUGUCUCGGACAAUUGGACCGUCAAGAUUCCUCCUCGGGUUGCCGCCAAAAUGAAAUUUGACCAACCUGCUCCAGGUGAUUUCCAAGAUCCCGUGUGGGUGGUCAAUGCCGCUCAAAACUCCAUUACUUCUUGGACCGUCAUGAGAGAACGUUUGCAAUCUGCGUUGGCGUGCUACCCAGAUUACAUUAUUGUCAUGAUUGGUACCAACGAUGUUCUCUCCAUAUAUUCUCCAAUGGCUUGCAGAGACAAGGUGAAAACCUUUCUGUUGCCAGAAGCACCCACCAUGGCGGGUUUUAGGCGAAAUAUGACGGAGAUUGUCGAUUUUCUCACCAAAGCAUCCCCCAAGACAGAAGUGGGACUUUGUACCUUGCCACCCUUUGGAGAAAAUCUAGGGAGCGAGGGCAAUAAACUCGUCAAGGAAGCCAACGAAAUUGUUCAUAGCAUUGUCGAUUCGCAUACCAGUGACAAAGUCAGUGUCUUGGAGAUUGGAGAAAGGCUACAGAGUCAAAUCGUCCAGCGAAAUGAUGGUGGGAAAAAAGCAAUGGAACCCAUGAUGAUGAUGCCUUUGCAAGCUGUUCAGGCUCCGCUGCACAGCCUGUUGGGAGCAUCUUGGAAUUCCAUGACAUUCAUGUCGUCUGGGUGCAUAUUGCAUGAUACUCUUCAUAUCAACGAAGAUGGGGGCGAUGUUAUUGCCGAUGUUGUCACUGAAUGGUUAUUCCAAAAGAAUAUUCACAAAGCAAUUGCUGUCAAACAGUUCUAAUAAUAUGAUACUACGUGUAUCAGUAUUGCUGGUUUGCUGGUAAUUUUCCUUUAGAACUGCUGGCUAUUUUCAACUGUAAGUACACUACUACUAGACUAUGGAACAAUACAAGCAAAUGAAGCUAUUUGGAUAGCAAAGAAGCCUGGAAAAGCAAGGUCUUGCUUUUCCAGUGAAUUGCUGCAAGAUACUUGCAACGAGUUCUUGACGCUGAACCGUGCAGGAAGGUUUGUACUUGGCCUUUCCAGCGUUUCUUUCAGCUACAUGUAGGAGCGGUAUCAUGAUGAUUUGUUGGUUAGAACAAUGAAUGCCAUCAGAUUGUAUGGAUCCUUCACUACUUUACUAUAAACUAUGGUACUGUCAUCUGUUAAAAUGCAUAAACUAUACGAAGCAGAAGUAC